CGAGCGAGCGAGAGAGAGCUAGACGAGGCCGCGUUUAACGGAAAUCGGUGCCAUUGAGAAACAGUGCGUACGUUACUUUCCGCUAUCUCGCUUAGGGUAUCUAACGAUUCCAUACAUUUGAUCGUCGGUCAUAUCAACUCUAUUCGGUCGUGAGGUUUAUGGAGCAUUACGGACGAUCAGGUCUAGAUUCUUUAAAUGCUCUGGAUAAUAUCUCUCCGUGUGUAAUCUUGGAGUCCUCCGCAUUCCAGGCUAGGGAGAGGAAGGAUGCUGUAGCCUACUAAGCUAUGCGCUACUGAAGUGUUUUACAUUGGCCAAUAGCCCAGCCUCAACAGUGCGACUGCAUUUUGACUGGACUCGACGAUAGAUAAUAUAAUAUAACAUGACUUCCAUUUGCUAUGUGUUAUAUCUGUACGUUUCUAUUUGUCAUCCAACUGGACUCGCCUGUAGAAUAGGCUACAGUCAUCGCCAUAGGAACCCGAGGGAGAUAUCAUUAUAAUAAGCUACUUUAGUGCAACGUGACGUGCAACAGCGGGAAAGACGGUCGAGUCCUAUUAGGUGAGAUUGAGCGUAUGUGUGACGCUAAAGUGGCUUGUGUUUCCUCAUGUGGAGUGGUUUUCGUCGAGGAGGAUACGCUCGCGUUGUCGGAUAAUUCCCACGUCAAGGAUCGGUUGACUCCCUUCUUUAUUCCAUCUCGCUCUCACACACACGGUGCGCGUGGCCUCGCCCGGGAGCAACCGGGUCGCCUAUUACACGGGCUUAUUUUUACUGCAUCGGCAAGAAGGAGCGGGAGAGAGAACCGAGGAUAAAACAACGGGAGGGAAGGAUUGGGGGACCGGAGGAGAGAAGAGGAGAGGCGGGAUGAAGGAGGAGACGCAGUGAACGACAGAGGAGGAGGAGGGAGACUCGAGCGUUCGAGGCUCUCCUGACGUGCCCGGUGGUAUCGCGUCCUGACUCCCCCCCCGUCAUGGCUCUGUCACUGUGGUUCCUGUUUGUGUCUGUCACCACCCUAACUCACGUUGCCCCCUCUGGCCAAGCUAUGUCCAGAGCUGCGAUUCCCUUCGGCAUCCUGAGGAGGGAGCUAGCUUGUGAGGGCUACCCUAUCGAGCUGCGCUGUCCAGGAAGUGACGUCAUAAUGAUUGAGACAGCAAACUACGGACGCACGGACGAUAAGAUCUGUGACGCGGACCAGUUUCAGAUGGAGAACACACAGUGUUACCUCCCAGACGCACUCAAGAUCAUGGCCCAGAGGUGUAACAACAGGACCCAGUGUGUAGUGAUAGCAGGAGUAGAUGUGUUUCCAGACCCCUGUCCUGGUACAUACAAAUACCUGGAGAUACAAUAUGAAUGUGUUCCUUACAAAGUGGACCAAAAAGUCUUUGUGUGUCCUGGUUCUCUCCUGAGCGUUCAACCGGCUACUUCCUUAUUGGAGGCGGAGCAUCAAUCUGGGGCGUGGUGUAAGGACCCGUUGCAGGCUGCUGAUAGGCUGUAUGUCAUGCCCUGGACACCCUAUAGGACGGAAGUUCUGUAUGAGUAUGCUUCAUGGGACGACUACAGGCAGAACAGAGUCACCACCACUUACAAGCUGCCGAACCGCGUCGACGGUACAGGCUUCGUGGUCUAUGAUGGAGCCGUGUUCUACAACAAGGAACGCACGCGCAACCUGGUCAAGUACGACCUCCGCACGCGCAUUAAGAGCGGCGAGGCGGUGGUGUUGAACGCUAACUACCACGACACUUCUCCGUAUCGGUGGGGCGGGAAGAGCGAUAUCGACCUCGCUGUGGAUGAGAACGGACUGUGGGUCAUCUACUCAACUGAAGCCAACAAUGGACGUAUAGUUGUCAGUCAGGUAAACCCUUACACCCUGCGUUUCGAGGGCACGUGGGCGACCAGCUUCGACAAGCGCGGGGCGAGCAACGCCUUCAUGGCGUGUGGCGUGCUGUACGCGGUGCGCUCCGUCUUCCAAGACGACGAGGGACAGACAGACAGAGGAGGAGGAGGUGGAGGGGAUAUGGUGUUAUAUGCGUUUGACACCAGUAGAGGGCGAGAGGUGCCGGUCCAGAUCCCCUUCCCUAACCCCUACCAGUAUAUAUCAUCUAUAGACUACAACCCACGGGACAACCAGCUGUAUGUGUGGAAUAACUACUACGUGCUGAGAUACCCUCUGCAGUUCAGACCGCCCCAGCCUACCAAAGGUCCUCUCUCAUCUCUAAUGACUACAGUGGGGUCCUACACAGCCACCGUAGCGCUGACCCCAGUACGACCUUCAGCCUCCAAUCCCAUCGGGGUCAUCAACCGGAGUCCGGACUUGCGGCCAAUCACGGCCAUGGUCCCGCUGACCCCCCACCCCCCCCACCGUGCCCCCAUCGCCCCGGGGGGGUCCUACGGGGGGCAGGUUGGGGUGUGUGAGGGGAGGGUGAUCAGAGGGGUACAGUGGCCCCCUACACCUAAAGGAGAGAUGGUGGAGAGACCAUGUCCCAAAGGAUCACUGGGUAUAGCAUCGUACCAGUGUGUGUUGUCCCCGGUAACCUGGAACACCAGAGGGCCUGACCUCAGUAACUGUACCUCCCCCUGGGUCAGUCAGAUAGCACAGAAGAUAAAGAGUGGGGAGAAUGCAGCUAACAUCGCUGGUGAGUUAGUAAACCUGACAAGGGGGCGGGUCUACGCCGGUGAUGUCAGCAUGUCAGUCAAACUUCUAGAGCAGCUGUUGGACAUCCUGGAUUCUCAGCUUCAGGCCCUACGACCAGCCAACAAGGAGUCUGCUGCACGCAACUACAACAAGUUGCAGAAGAGGGAACGCACCUGUAGAGCUUAUGUCCAGGCGGUGGUUCAGGUAGUUGAUAACCUGUUGGGCCCUGAAGCUCUAGUCUCCUGGGCUGAUAUGAGGACCACUGACCAAUCACGCUCUGCCUCGCUGCUAUUGGACGCCAUGGAGAAAGGAGCCUUUCUAUUGGCUAACAACAUCUACGAGGGGCGAUUCAGCGACAGAGCGCCCAAUGUCGAUCUAGAGGUGUAUGUAUUGAACACAGAGGCAGACCUACAGGACCUGACGUUCCCUCACUCCUAUGACAGUGACAGUGUUCUACAGCUCUCAACUGCGACUCUACAGCAGUACAGCAGCAAUGGCCAGGUAAAGAUAGUUCUAUCUCUGUAUAAGAACCUUGGAUCCUUCCUGACCACUAACAACUCCUCGUUGAGGUUGGAGGCGGGGUUUGUGAUUGGCGGUGGCAGGAGCUUGGCGGUGAAUUCUCACGUGAUCUCGGCUUCUGUCAACAAAGGUUCCAACCGAGUAUUCCUCUCUGAACCGGUCGUCUUCACUCUGCGACACCUACAGGUGGAGAACCACUUCAGCCCCAACUGCUCGUUCUGGAACUCCACGGGGUCGGGGGGGUCAGCAUCGGGGUCGUCGGGGGGUCGUUGGUCGUCCCAGGGGUGUAAACGGAUACACACCAACAACACACACACCACCUGCGCCUGUAACCAUCUGUCAACUUACGCUGUCCUGAUGACCUACCACCAACCUGCUUCUGUAGAUGGUAUACAGGAGGUUCUGGUCUACGUAGUGUCCUGGGUAGGUAUAUCCGUAGCCCUGGUGUGCCUUGCAGCCUGCAGUACCUUACUGUGCUGCCAGGGGGCGCCACAGUCGGACCACAGCACCAUACACAGGAAUCUGUGGGGCAACCUCUUCAUCACCGAACUCAUCUUCCUCAUUGGGGUGGAUAAGACACAGUACAGCGUAGCGUGUCCAGUCUUUGCAGGUCUGCUCCAUUUCUCCCUGCUCUCUGUGUUCUGUUGGUUAUGCCUGGAGGCAGUGGAACUCUACUUACUGCAGGGGGAGCUCUUUGAAGGACGGACCUCUAGGAGGAAGUACUUCUAUCUCUGCGGCUACUUCCUGCCAGGGGUGGUCGUGGCCGUUUCCGCCGCCAUCGACUACAGGGGCUACGGCACCCGGACCGUGUGUUGGCUGCAGAUGGACAACUACUUCAUCUGGAGUUUCCUGGGUCCUGUAUCUGUCAUUAUAAUGCUGAACCUGGUUGUCUUGGUGAUGACUCUUCACAAGAUGGUGCACAGCUCCUCCGCCCUCAAACCCGACUCCAGUCGUCACGACAACCUCAGAGCGUGGACUGUGGGUUCGCUCACCCUCCUCUUCCUCCUGGUGGUGACCUGGUCUCUGGGGCUCGUCUUCCUCUCAUCUCCCUCUCUCCUCCUCUCCUACCUCUUCUCCUCCCUUAACACGGCCCAGGCUCUGCUCAUCACAAUACUGUUCUGUACACUCACUAGGAAGGGCCAUAAGGACUAUGGGAAGUGUGUGCGUCACUCCCAGUGCUGUGACUGUUCCUCCACCACCAGUUCACCUGGCUCUGUGAAGGGCGCCGCCCUACGGGCCAACAGCCGCUACUGCAAUACCAACCAGGCACGCAGGGCUACUGCUAACAGACAGAGUCGCAUUAGGAGGAUGUGGAACGAUACAGUGCGCAGACAGACUGAGUCUUCCUUCAUAGCUGCUGAUGUCAACACCACACCUACACUCAACAGAGCUGGCCUGGGUAACCAUUUCCUGACUAACCCAGUGUUACAGACUCACCCUAGAGUCUCUCCUUAUGACAGCCUACUGGCUCAGGGCUACAGCCAGCCCUCCCCUGGCCUCUUCACCUCUACUGGGACCUUCAGAGACAUACAGAAAGGUGACGUCCUGUCCCAGAGCCAGGAGAUGGACAGUGUUUGUCUGAACGGAGGCUACAGCACCAACAGCUUCACCCUGCAGGGUCUGGGUGGGGGUGGUGGGGGGCCUCGGUCCGGGGUGGGUGGCAGCACAGACCUCCUCAGGGAGGGAGGAGGAGGGGGGGAGGACGCCUCCCCAGCCCCCCUCACCCCCCACGCCGCCGUGGGUCUGGGGGUGGAGCCUCACGGAGGCGGAAUGCGGAGGAACCUAUCGGACGCGACGGUCCUAGAGAACAUGAUCAUCUCAGAGCUGGUUCAGAGCAACUUGAGGCCGGCUGCAGCUGCGGAGCGCUAUGGCAGCCUGGCACGCCCCCUGGACCGACUGACACGCCCACAGCCCUCUGCCCACGAGAGUUGGACGGUAGCUCGGGUGUCGACGCACACACAUGACCAAGAUCCGACACACGCGCACACGCACCAGGACGGCUGGACGCACACACCUCGUCCUCUGCAGGACGUGCCGACACACACACCUCGUCCGCUGCAGGACGUGCCGACACACACACCUCGUCCUCUGCAGGACGUGCCGACACACACACCUCGUCCUCUGCAGGACGUGCCAACACACACACGCCAGGAGGAGAGCAACAGGAGCCAGCUGCAGCUGGGAGGCGGGACCCUCUCCCGUAGACUCCUCCUCCAGGACAGACAGACACGCCCCCAGGAGGCGUCGCUGCAGAUGCAGACCGCACGCCCACAUUCCACGUUGUCGCGGCAACAGCAGCAGGGCGGAGGGGGAACGCUGUCCCGUCACCGCAGCGGGGGUGUUGAGCCGGGUGGUGCGGGGGGUUCGGAGAGGGACCGUUACCGGGAUAGGCCGCUUCCUCCUCCCCCUCCUCCUCCGCCUCUGGAGACAGAACCCCUGUAUAAAGCCCUGGAGGAUCCCCUUCUCUAUGACCCCAGGGAUGGAGGGGUGGAGGGGUGGAAGGAGAGAGGGAUGGAGAGAGGGGUGGAGGGUUGGAAAGAG